GGGCUUGCUGUUGGCGGGGGAGUGUCUGCACGUGUAGCGAUGCGUGUAGAGACGAGGAAGCCCCUUCCCUGCUACCUGACUCAGACUCUGGCUGUGACCUUCAACGUGACCCCAGCCCCACCAUGCUGAACAAUGCCUCCCUCGUCUACAUCGCCCUGGAGCUGGUCAUAGCCUUUCUGGCCGUGACCGGUAACAUGCUGGUCUGCUGGGCCGUGUGCCUCAACAGCACCUUGCAGAGCAUCACUAACUACUUCGUGGUGUCCCUGGCGGUGGCAGAUAUCGCUGUGGGCUUGCUGGCCAUCCCCUUCGCCAUCACCAUCAGCACGGGCUUCUGUGCCAACUUCCACGGCUGCCUGUUCAUCGCCUGCUUCGUACUGGUGCUCACCCAGAGCUCCAUCUUCAGCCUGCUGGCCAUCGCUGUGGACCGCUACAUCGCCAUCAAGAGCCCCCUCAGGUAUAACAGUCUUGUGACGUCCGGGAGGGCAAAGGGCAUCAUCGCAGUGUGCUGGGUUCUCUCUGUGGGCAUCGGCCUCACGCCCAUGCUGGGCUGGAACAGGGGUGUCAAUGGCACCAACAGCAGCUCGUGCCCCGAAGGCAUGACAGAGUGCCUGUUCGAGGGUGUGGUCACCCUGGAAUACAUGGUCUACUUCAACUUCUUCGGUUGUGUGCUGGUGCCCCUGCUGGCCAUGCUGGUCAUCUACGCCCGCAUCUUCAUGGCGGCGCGGCACCAGCUGAGACUGAUGGACCUGAAGCUGGUUCACAUGCACGCCCCUGGGGCAUGCUCAUCGUCCACAUCGUCCCGCUCCACCCUGCAGAAGGAGGUCCACGCAGCCAAGUCUCUGGCCAUCAUCGUGGGGCUGUUCGCCCUCUGCUGGUUGCCUCUUCACAUCAUCAACUGCUUCAACCUGUUCUGCCAGGACUGUGGGCGCCCGCACGUCUGGGUGAUGAACAUCGCCAUCAUCCUGUCCCACGCCAACUCCGUGGUCAACCCCUUCAUCUACGCAUACCGCAUCCGGGAGUUCCGCCACACCUUCCGCAGGAUCCUGCACAAGCACAUGCUGGGGCACCGGGAGGGGCAUGGAGCUGGGGGAGGGGGUGGCAGAGGGCUGGGUAGCAGCAGCAGUAUCACACGUGCCUCUACUCGCAUCAGCAUGGUGGACAGCUCAUGUGGCACCAUGGGGAACAGUUAUUCCCUGGAGCCCGGCCCCAAACUCAGCCCCACUCGGACCCCCAUAGAGACCCAUAGAGCUGGGAAAGAAGCUUACUCUGACUCCUGCCAAUGGUCACCACCACAGUCAGACACUGCACCAAUCAGCUCCAUUGAAAAUGGACACAACAAAGGUGAUGCCCCGGUGUCUCCCAGGCAGCAGGAAUGCAUCAUGGGAUGUGCGGACCAAUGUGGGGUUGAGACUACAACAGAGUUGAUGGGGGUGAAGGACAGUGGGAACAUAUCCUUUGUGCACGUCAGGCCUCUGUCCCCCACACUAACCAGCCCUAACCACUCAGUAGAACUCACUGAGAUGUCAUGACAUAGUUAUCCCCAUGA